AGAGGGACGCAGGCGACGCGUGUCGGGGCGGGUCUAGAGGGAGUCACGUGUACAGGUUCCCGCGGGCGGCAGUUGCCCGUCACGUGACUUGGCAAGAUGGCGGCUCCCACAGAAGGGACCGAUCUGGAAGCCUCACUGUUGAGCUUUGAGAAGCUGGACCGAGCAUCUCCAGACUUAUGGCCGGAGCAGCUACCAGGUGUUGCUGAAUUUGCUGCUUCCUUCAAAAGUCCUAUCACCAAUUCUCCUCCCAAAUGGAUGGCUGAACUAGAAAAUGAUGAUAUUGAUAUGUUAAAGGAGCUGGGGAGCCUUACCACAGCAAACCUGAUGGAGAAGGUUCGAGGCCUGCAGAACCUGGCUUAUCAACUAGGACUGGAUGAAUAAAUUUUCAACCAUGGUGUGGAGAGGAUUAAGUUACAUUUACUCCUUUUCAUGGAUAUAAGACUGCUUAGUUAUUUGAAUUUUGUGUUCGUUCAGUGAAUUUCCUCUUAUUCAUCUUACAUCUUUGGGAUCCUAUACCUACUCAGUAGUAAUGUGAAAGAAGGAAAGAAAACCCGCUCAACACCUGACAUAAUCCUUCUGUUGGGUAAACAGAGAUUUUGGUUUACAAAUUAAUCUUGAGAAAGUGUUGUUACUGAAUGGAUUGUUACAUCUUAGUCUAGAGAAUGGUGGUGAUUUUAAGAGAUCUGCUAUUGAUUAAACAAAUUUCUGCAUUGUAUUUUACUGAAAGACAUCACAACUUUUGGAAACAAAAAGCCCAACAAAACAUUCAAAUAAAUAAUUAUCUUAGGCACCUUCAUUGUUCUAUGCAGUCAUCGUUUUGCAUUUAUAGGAACAACUACACAUGUAGCACUUUGUACAUGGGUGAUUACUACACAUCUAGCACUUCAUCAAACAUUUAUUUUAAGCUACACAAUGGUAGUAAGUGUUUUGGUGCCAUUACAAUCUGUCACGGAAAACUUGACUUGUCAGAUCAUUGGUGACCUGCAGCAAAUACAGUGUAUUGUCUCAGCCCUUCUGUGUGUGUGUGUGGACAAAGUUAGUGAACAUGCCCAACAGCAGAUUAUUAAAUCUCUAAGGCUCUACAAGUGAUUUGACAAACACUGAGUUUAUUAAACCCCACAUUGAACUGUGAGUUAUUAAAAUGUGCUUGCAUCUACAUCGCCUUGGGUUUUGAUCUCAGAUCUCCUCAUCUAAGCAGGAUCAAGCUUGGUCAGUAAUUGUAUGGGAAUCCUCUAAGGAAAACUCAGGUGUUGCAGGAAGAAAUGUUGGUGAUUCAGUAGAUAUUGCUUUUCUCUCUGAGUCAGUACUGAACUAUUACCCCAUCACGGCUCUAGGGGGCUCUGUAAUGUUGGAAAUGUUGUACUUUGGAUGAGAUGUAUGACAAAGGUCAUGAUGACUUGGGGUCAUUAAUCCCAUACAUUUUUUGUAAGGGUGGGAUAUUAACCUCAGUUAUCAUGGGCAAAAUACCAGUAUAGGUAAUUACAGUCUAAUUUUCCCAAGCAGCAUCAAUUAAAACAAAAGCUAAGAUGGAUCUUAUCUCUACUGUGUUGUGUAGUGCUGAUGUAUGUUUAAACAGCUGCCCAUUUUUCCACAGGGGUAACUAAGUUGUGGGGGAAGUGAUUCCUGUGUAUGUACUGUAUGAAACUAUGUAAAAGGCACGAGAAAAAGUCUAGUGUAGGUGUACUGAAUGUGUAUACAAGAGACCCAUGAAAUAAUUAUUCUAUCACUUAUUGAAACCGUGUACAUUAGUGUACAGUAACACACAAAAUAUACAGUAGAGUAAUAGGCAUUCCCCAUUAAGUUGUGUGAAACUGUGCAUUUCAGAAAGGGAAGAAUGAUACCUAUAGUAGACUGUGCCCUGUACUUAUAAACCUGGCAUUCUGAAUUGUACAGAAAGCUUACCCUAUAUUCUGCAUCGAGGUCUGUUGAUUAUGUGAUACUACAGUGGGAGAGACUGGAAAUUCUGUAGCAGAUUCACGUAAAUUAAA